UGAGCGGAGCAUCUGGAGGAGGGCUCGCCGGCUGGGGAGGUGGAGGACGGGGAGAGAAGCCGAAGGAGGAUCCGGGAGCCUGCGGAAACAAAAAGGGUCAGGCCUGGGACUUGGCGAAAAGGGGGAUCUGACAGAAGAAGGAUUAUCAGCUUUUAGACCUCUCAUUUAGUUUUUUUAACUUUAUUUUGAUAUCUUUUUUUUAUUAUUGAAGUUACUUUGUCAUUCUCCAUGACAAUGCCGUCCAACUCCGUCACAAGCACUGCCAACGCAACCAUCUUCAAAAGCUCAGAGUACACCUGUGACCCCGCCAGCAAUAGAAUGAGUGACAACAGCAGGCCGGACAAGCAGUUUGUCACCAUGGAGAUGCCAGCCCACAGCAGCCCCGCUAGGAAACCUGGGCGGCCGGGCCGGAAGCAGAAGCCAUUUGCGCGAAUGGAGGGUCCAGGAGUGGCCGUGGUCAGGACUCACCCCGAGCCAGAGAGCCCUCAUCAGGUGCACAACGGCAAUCUGGGUCACCAUGACGACAGAACAGCAGGCGAAGUGUGCCAGCUGAAGCAGGAGCAGAAGGUUCUGGAGAACGGGGUUUUUGGGAGCGCAGCGAGCCCCAGCCUGAGCCUCUCCCAGGAGAACGGCACGGCGCCCAGCCGAGACGAGCAGGAGAACCCAGAGAAGGACAAGGAAGAGGGGCUGGGGCUGGGGCCGUUGCUGGGGCCGGGGCCCCCGCGCAGGAAACGAGGCCGCAGGAAACUGGAGCGGCCGACCAAAUAUGUGGAACAGAAGGAGGAGGAUGGUGGAGACUCUGGAAAGAGUGAGCAGGGCGUGAGUGGGCGUCUGCGGGGCGUGCGGGGCAGCCUCCGGCAGCGACCCAUGCCCAGGGAUACCUUCCAGGCCGGGGACCCCUAUUACAUUAGCAAGAGGACCAGGGAGGAGUGGCUCAACAAGUGGAAGAUUCAGGCAGAGAAAAAGGCCCAACUGGUUUCUGUGAUGAGCAUCAUGGAGGCUCACGGAGACAUGGCCGAAGAAGCCCAGGCGGAGGACGAGCUGCUCCUCAGGAGUCCCCUGCCUCUCCAGAGCCAGCCCCAACCCCAACCCCAGCCCAAGCCCCAACCCCAGCUUAAGCCCCAACCCCAGCCCCAGUCUCAGCCUAAGCCUCAGCCUAACCCUCACAUCCAGACCUACUCCCAGCCCAAGCCUCUGACUCAGCCCAGACCCCCAGCCCACCAGACACAGCCUAAACCACAGCCUCAGCCUCAAAGCCAACCCAAUCCACAGCCUCAAACGCAGCCUAAGCCCCAGUCGCUGUCUCAGUCCCAGAUGCCCCAGGGGCAGCAGGCCCAGCCGCACACUCAGCCACAGCAGCUCCAGCAGCAGCAGCCCACAGACCCAGCCUCCCCCACCGUGGCCACCACGCCUGAGCCGGUGCCCAUCGGAGACGGAGACAAGACCUCACCUAAAGCUGCAGAUAUGGAACCAGAGUAUGAGGAUGGCCGUGGCUUUGGGAUCGGUGAGCUGGUGUGGGGGAAGCUGCGGGGCUUCUCCUGGUGGCCCGGCAGGAUCGUGUCCUGGUGGAUGACCGGCCGCAGCCGCGCGGCUGAGGGCACGCGUUGGGUCAUGUGGUUUGGCGACGGCAAGUUUUCUGUGGUAUGUGUGGAGAAGCUGUUGCCUUUGAGUUCCUUCUGCAAUGCCUUUCACCAGCCGACCUACAACAAACAACCCAUGUACAAGAAAGCCAUCUUCGAGGUGCUGCAGGCAGCGAGUGUCCGGGCGGGGAAGGUGUUCGUCGGCUGCCCUGCGAGCAACGACACGGACACGUCCAAGUCAGUGGAGCUCCAGAACAAGCAAAUGAUCGAGUGGGCCACGACCGGCUUCCAGCCCAGCGGGCCCAAAGGCCUGGAGCCGCCAGAAGAGGAACGUAAUCCAUACAAAGAGGUGUACCCUGAGCGGUGGGUAGAGCCAGAGGCAGCAGCCUACACGCCCCCUCCGGCCAAGAAGCCCCGGAAGAGCACAGCGGCGGAGAAAACCAAAGUCAAAGAAAUCAUCGACGAGGGGACACGAGAGAGACUGGUGUUUGAAGUACGGCAGAAGUGCAGAAACAUAGAAGAUAUUUGCAUUUCCUGUGGCACCCUGAACGUCAACCUGGAACACCCGCUCUUCAGCGGAGGGAUGUGUCAGGGCUGCAAGAACUGCUUCCUGGAGUGUGGGUAUCAGUAUGACGACGACGGCUACCAGUCCUACUGCACCAUCUGCUGUGGAGGACGGGAAGUGCUCAUGUGCGGCAACAACAACUGCUGCAGGUGUUUCUGCGUGGAGUGUGUGGACCUGCUGGUCGGACCAGGCGCGGCACAGGCAGCUAUAAACGAGGACCCCUGGAACUGCUACAUGUGCGGCAAGACGGGGCUGUACGGGCUCCUGGUGCGGCGGGUCGACUGGCCCAGCCGCCUGCAGCAUUUCUUCGCCAACAACCACGACCAGGACUUUGAGCUACCAAAUUUGUACCCUCCGGUUGUGGCGGAGAAGAGGCAGCCCAUCCGUGUGCUGUCCCUGUUUGAUGGCAUUGCUACAGGGCUGCUAGUGCUUAGGGAGCUUGGCAUCCAGGUGGACCGCUACGUGGCGUCGGAGGUGUGCGAGGACUCCAUCACCGUGGGCCUGGUGCGGCACCAGGGGCGCAUCAUGUACGUGGGCGACAUCCGCAACGUCACACGCAGACACAUCCUCGAAUGGGGCCCGUUUGACCUGGUCAUCGGGGGAAGCCCCUGUAACGACCUGUCUAUCGUAAACCCCGCCAGGAAGGGGCUCUUUGAGGGCACAGGUCGUCUAUUCUUCGAGUUUUACCGCCUGCUGCAUGAGGCUCGGCCUAAGGAGGGUGACAGACGCCCCUUCUUCUGGCUCUUUGAGAACGUGGUGGCCAUGGGCGUCAGCGACAAGAGGGACAUCUCUCGCUUCCUGGAGUGCAACCCUGUGAUGAUCGAUGCCAAGGAGGUGUCUGCUGCCCACCGUGCACGCUACUUCUGGGGCAACCUGCCUGGCAUGAACAGGUUGGUCAGAGAAGAACCUCUGACUGCUAUGAACAGUGACAGAGUGGACCUGCAGAACUGUCUGGAGCACGGCAGGACAGCUAAGUUUGACAAAGUGAGGACCAUCACCACCAGAUCCAACUCUAUCAAGCAGGGCAAGGACCAGCACUUCCCCGUGUAUAUGAACGACAAGGAGGACAUCCUCUGGUGCACUGAGAUGGAGAGGGUCUUCGGAUUCCCUGUCCAUUACACUGAUGUGUCCAACAUGAGCCGACUAGCCAGGCAAAGGCUUUUGGGAAGGUCGUGGAGCGUCCCUGUGAUCCGCCACCUGUUUGCACCACUCAAAGAAUACUUUGCUUGUGUUUAACACCCUUUAAACACACGCUGCAAUGAUACAGAUAAAUGUCUAAAAAAGAAACUACAAAAAAAAGCUCAAUCACAAGAAAACUGACGUCUGACGAAUUAACAAGAGCCUUGAAACUGUACUCUUGUGUUAUUUACAAGUCAACCAUCGAACGUAGAUAUUUCAUGUUUUUUUCCUGUUUUAAAAAAAAAAAAAUGAUUCAUUUUAUUCUAUUUAAUGUUUUUUAUAUUCAUUUUGACUUUUUAGCAGUGUUAUCCAGUGUUUGAACUGAUCUAUGUGUGCAAGCUAUACACAAGGCAAAGCUCUCUUCUCCAGGCACUGAGUUAGAGUGAGGAUGUUAAAAGACUCAAGACUCAUUGGCGUUGGUAGAGGACAUCUUAACCCGCCGACAUCCGCGUGAUUGGUCACACUCAGAGUUUUUUCUGAGAUGUCGAUCAGUGGUGGUGCUUGUCCUCAGUGUCUGGAGAGCUCUUGUCUUCAUGAAUCCAAAACACCAGAUCUCAUAUACCUCUUCGUUUACAGUUUCUACACACAACUGAAAGUAAUAAAGGUACUACUGUAAUAAGGUGACAAAAUGGUGCUCUGAGGAGGGAAGAAACGGCCCAACCCAUGUCACUCUCUGCGAGGCAGGCCUGCUGGAACGUCUCACGUAGGCAAAAAGGCUCGGGGACACAUCUGAAUCAUGAACGAGACCAAUAUGCCAUAUCUCAUUUUUUAAUAAGCGUGCUAUUUUUUACUUUACAACCUCUUUUACUGUUACGCAAAACUACAAACUGGUGCUUUUCACUGAACUUGCAAGCCUUCCGUUGCCAUGGCCACUGGCCGCCAUGGGUUGGGCUGUUUGUUCCCUGCCCUCUUUCCUUGAGAUAGACGUCUGAGAGGACGCGCGUCUCUCUUUUCCUGGUGUCCCUCAGACCGUCGUCGUUACUGUACACUUACAGCAGGUGUGGAGGCAGCAGGAGGGGUGUGUGUGUGUGUGUGUGUGUGUGAGUGCAUGCACGUGUGUCUGUGUGUGUGGCAGGUGACCCACCACCACCCACAGCCUCUCCACAAGCUAAACUCAAGUCAGGUGCAAACUUCAGCAUAUAUGGUGCGGCUUCACGUGGUUCUUCUACCUUUUAUAGCAACUUUUGUGCUUUAUUACCAACUAUAUUGAGCACUUUUAUACGUAUCCUUCUGUUGUUUUUCUGAUAUUUUAAAGAUUUCUUUUGCUCUUGAUUUAUGUGAAAUUGUUUUGUUUCUUAUUUUUUGUUCUACGAUGUGAAACUUUUGUAGUCAGGUGUAUGAUGUUUCUGGUGACCCGUAGGGCUGUGCCAGUAGAUGUGAAAGAGUUAUUUUAUUUUUUACCUUUUUUUUCUGUUUGGAAAUGUAGAAGUAAAUCUGUUCUCAUAUCCGGCAGGAGGAUUUAACACAGAAUGUUCUAGGUCCCUCUACCUGUCAUACUCUGGUGAUAUAGAGCUCGGGACUUCUGAACCCACUCCCCUCCCAAGUACCAGCUCAGACAGGCACCUCUUUCCUCCCUCGGCUCCUGGUCCCCUGGCUGUGUCCAGAUAGUUUACUAACUGUCACUUUAACUCAAAUAUGAAUUCAAAUGAUUGUAAUCUGGAUUGUAAUCUCUCUCUCUCUCUCUUUUUUUAUAUUUGAAGGUAACUGAAGAUGCAGGGUUUUGUCCUAAAAGGAAGACAGUGUAGAGACAGUCCACCUGCUUUUGAAUUAUUCUUGCUUAGUUAGGAAGUGAUGAUGCUUAUGUGAGGCAUCAGAAUUCUGAUCAUGUGUUUGAGAAAAUGUCUCCCAAGUAGCGGCUGUCUCUGGAACAGAUUCAGUCCUUAAUCUGGAAUCAGAUUACGGUCAGAACUGUCCCAGGGUCAGUUGAUAUGUGGGCUUCCACAGCACUGAAUAGAGAUGUUCAUUCAGACUGGUUGAGUUUUAGAAUUUUAAUGCAGAGCCCCCCUUUUCUUUUUUAGAGUCAACCACAAAGCCCCGAUAUCGCACUUGUCUUGGGUUUUUUGUACAUUUUGUACAUAAUCUCUUCCUGUUGCUGUUUGGAUUUCGUUGGAAAUAGCCUAUGAGAUGUACAAAUAUAAUUCUUUGCUAAUAUAUAUCAAGGAAUUAGGAAUACUCAGAUAAAAAAAAAAAAGAAACCUGAUGAAAUUGUUUCGAUGUUAUUGACAAAAUGUUGAGCAGCAUAAGCUAUGAUGCCUUUUCUUUUGAGAGGACAAUAUGGGGUCAUUUUUUUUUUAUAUUUAUGAAUUUCUUUUGAUUUUCUCAAGCAGGGAGAGGGUAAGUUUGUGAAGUGAUGAGAACAGUUAGAACAGUCUCAUCUAGACCGCACAGCCCUACAUCGCCUCAGCCAGUUUCUCUCUCUCUCUUAUCCUCUCUCUCCCUCUGUCUCUCUGCUGCAUUCUGUUUGUUUCUUUGGCUUUUUUUUCUUUUUCUAUUGUACUAAAAGAGGGAUUGUAGGUGUUUCCUAAGGUGCUAAACGUUUUAUCAAAUUGAGGAAAAAAAAUAUAUUGUUUGGAAGAGAAAAUAAACCUUGUCUGACUGUUUUUAAGUUCCUUGUAGUCUGGGUAAAGCGCUGUUGCUUGGCUCACUCCUCUGAUGAGUAUAUUAACAAAGGCAUUUAACUUUGUACUUGAAUGAUAAAUAAUGGAACAGAUUCUUAUAUUGUCUUAGAAUAGACAUGGCUGUAGUUGGUGCUUAUCUGUGGGGUAUAAUCAUGAGUUCAUAUUGGGAAGUAACAAAAGAAAAAAAAAGGUUUUUGUAAUCAUGUUUACUGUUCACUUAUGUACCUGCUUAGUGCCCAGUGGCACUGCUUCUUAAUCUGGCAUUCCAUGCAGCCCCAUCCCAACCCCCCAUGUUGGAUUUGAUUUUUAUAUAUAUAUAACUCUGUCUUUUGUUAUCAGAAACUUUGAUAUUUAUUUGGCUACAACUCUUGGAGACUGCUCAGAUUCUUUAUAUAUCUCAGUGUCUCUGUUUUAUCCCUUUUUUGUGAUUAUUUCUUCAUGUAUCAUACCUGUUUCCGGCGUCUCGCUGCCCUCUCGAAUCUCCGCGCAUACAGCAGAUGUAGCAGUCAUUCUCUCCCUCUUUCUCUCUCUUCUUGCUCUGCGCCUAGAGAGAGAGAGGAGGGAGCCUUAUGUCCCUGUGCUGGAGAACACUUGAAUAAAUGUUUUGUUUUUGUGCAAAA